CGUCAUUUGAUUCACCAGCAAUUACCCUAUCAUCUUAUAGUUAAGGGAAUGAUUAAUAAGCCUCUGUUACAUGAGUGCACACGCGUGUAUCUUCAGUAAAUAACGUGCGGGCACGAGGAAGGUCUUGCAUCGCACAAACCUCCGCGUUCUCCUCUUAAUUAUCCAUUAGACAGUGAAAUUUCCGGCAUCUUCAAAUCAAACCGGCAUUGCCCUGGUUUAUUGCCUUGCCCUCGUAAUAAGUACAAUAAUGACGCAGACGCAGGGCAUCCUCAAGCGGCCGCAGAUGGACGGCAGGCGUCAGAUGCGGACGACCUUUGUCGGCAUCGACCCGUGUGCGUCCGAGGUGUCGGUGUUUGGGCGGCCGAGACCGAGUCCACGGAAGAAGCUGGACCUAACCAGGCCCCGGGCAGCGACGCCUAUGGUUCCGCCACCCAAUGAUGCCAACACCGCAGUCUUUCGUAAUGGCCUGCUCAACAUGGAGAAGCGGUUCGAAGCCCCCGCGGACUGGUUCGUGUCGGACUCGCAGCACCAGGUGUCGCACAUCAACAACAAUAACUUCGACGAGAGCAGCAAAGAUGGCGGCAGCAGCACUAUUAAUGCCAACAACUCUUCCGUAUCCGAGCCCAUCGACGAAAACGACAACGACGACGACGACGAUGCUGCUGCUGUCGUCCGUGUUGGAAGGACGCAUGAUGGCAAUGAUAGCAAUGCCGUGUCCAGCUGCAGACCCACUGCCGGCGGCGCCGAUGACAACGACGACGACGACAAUGACGAGUACGACCCGGCCAAUCACCCCGAGGACGCCCUCAAGUUCCGCAACUUGACCGAGUUCGUGACCGUCGUCCGCGACAACUACCGCAUGUGGUUCUGGGCGGAGCACCCCGGCGACGGCGGCCGCAACGUCAACGUCGAGACCAGGAUGGACCCCAAGUUUGAAAAGGUCCUGGUGACGUCCAACACGCAGGACCCCGAGACCGAGAGACGCAACCGCGAGAAGGAGCGGUGUCUGUGGCUGCAGGAGGACCGGAUGCGGUGGAUCCGCGCCUUGUACGAGCACAUCAAGGAGUUUCGAACCCAGGCCAAGUUCUACUUGGCCCUGGUGAUUGAGGCCCGGGGCCGGGACCCCGAGUACGACCCCGAGGAGGACGAGCAGGUCGUGGCCAUCCGGAAGCAGAUGAUCCCGUGGGCGGACGAGGUCAUGAGCAACGUCCUGCUGCUCGCGGGCAUCGAGACGCAGAUCUACGCCGACCUCCAAAAGGACAUGCCGAGCAUCACCAUGUGA